AUGUUGGCCGCUCUGUUGCCGUCCGUCGUGUUGUUUGUGCUGGCGCUUGUGGCGUUUUCUGGCGCGGUGACUAUUGUGCACGGAGGUUUUAUUCGGCUGGCCAUUGGGGCGCUAAUCGUGGCACUGUUGAUAUCCAUUAUUUUUUCGUCGUGUGCUGUUCUGCUGCUGGAGGCGUCGAGUAGUUUUCCCACGGAUGUGGUUCCUGUGAUAUUUUUGCGCGGCGCACUGGGGGCCAUUGCGCAGCCGACAAUAGCGGGUAUUGUUUUGCUUGCCAUGCUGGUUGUUCUUGCAAUGAGCACCUCCCGCGUGUGUGGGCUGGUGGAGGAAAUUCAAAUUCUGCUGGAUGCACACAAGGCAGUGGCAGAAGCGGAAGUAAUUUCGUCUACGAAGAGGUAA